AUGUCACAGCCAAAGGGCCAGCAGGAGGAGUUCGUGGAGACCAUUGAGCCCGAGCUGCCACGAGCUGUGCCUCCUCAUAAUGAUGGGACUGGAAGUCAGCCCAAAGGCGAUCAGGCUUUGAAGCUCAUCGAGGAGGUAGGGCACUCAAACAUUCUGACUCCCGAGAACAACGCCAAAGUUCUUCGGAAGAUCGAUUUGCGUCUACUUCCCAUUCUCCUCGGAAUCUACUUCCUCCAGCAACUCGACAAGUCGACCAUCUCGUACGCCUCAGUUUUUGGAAUCGUUGAGAAAGCCCAUCUCCAUGGCCAUCAGUACUCCUGGCUAGGCGGUUCGAUCUAUCUGGCUCAGCUGGUGUUCCAGCCCCUCGUUGCCUACCUUCUGGUUAAAGUCCCCCUGGCAAAGUUUCUGGCUGUCUCCUGCCUCUUAUGGGGUAUUGCUUUAACAUGCAUGACUGCUGCUACAAACUUUGGAGAGCUGCUUGCUUGCCGCAUCUUUCUUGGUAUCUUUGAGGCUGGAAUUGCACCGGCCUUCAUUGCAGUCACUCAAAUGUGGUAUCGGCGUCGUGAGCAGCCUGUGAGAUUGAGUUCUUGGUAUGCGAUGAACGGAGUCGUUAAUAUGUUUGGAAGCUUGAUUGCCUUUGGACUGGGUCAUAUCAAUUCCUCUAUAUUUGCGCCCUACCAGAUCAUCUUCCUCUUCUUCGGUCUAGUUACUGUUGGGUUCUCUGCCAUUAUUCUUGUCUUCAUGCCGGAUUCCCCCAUGUCCGCCAAGUUCCUUGGAGAGGAGGACAAACUGCUAUCUAUUGAAAGACAGCGAAUGAACCAACAGGGUGUCGAGAGCCAAGAGUGGAAAUGGGACCACGCAAAAGAAGCCUUCCUUGACCCCAAAUCAUGGUUCUGGUUUGCGUUAAUGUUCUCGAUUUCUGUUCCAAGUGGCGGUAUCACUACUUUCGGGCCUUUGAUUAUCAAGUCCUUUGGCCUCAGUCAAUAUGAUACCAUGCUUUUCAACAUUCCUUUCGGCGCAGUCCAGCUUGUCGCCACAAUGGGAGGAGCUUGGCUAGCGACCGUUUGGAAAAUGAAGGGUCCAGUCCUAGCAUUGCUCUGUCUUCCACCUAUCGCGGGUUGUGUGAUGCUGUUGCAUAUUGCCCAUGACAAUGCUCACAAGGGGCCUCUACUUGCAGGAUACUACAUUAUCUCUGUGUACCCAGCUAUCACCCCCUUGAUAUACUCCUGGUCUGCAGGAAACACAGCCGGAGAGACAAAAAGAAGGUUACUACCGCUAUCCUGUAUGUGGGACAGUGCGCUGGUCCUUGGACCGAACCUUUACACCACGAAUGAAGCGCCGCUUUACCGCCGUGGUCUGUUGUCCAACCUCGCGAUGUUUUGUGUCUUGAUAGGUCUGACCGGGGCAAAUACCGCAUAUCUGUACUUCCUAAACAAGAAGCAUGAGAAGAGACGUGUGGCUCUCGGAAAGGACGCCAAGAUUGUAGAUCAAUCGAUGCAAACCAUUCAAGCUGUCUCCGACGAUGCCAAAGAAGAGCUGCCUCAACAAGCAGCAGAUGACAAUGCGUGGAAAGAUCUGACUGACCUGCAAAAUGAGGACUUUGUCUAUGUCUUCUAA